CAUACGCAAACACACCCACACAUCCACACAUCACAUACAAUAGGUGUCGAUUGUUUGGUCAGGCAUGUAAUAACAAUACGCGAAUGUACCGCUAGAGGGCGCACCCCCCCAAAAAACCAACAGCAAUGCUUAGUAUAGCGUGUUUAGUGGAUGAAAUAGUAACACAGUAAGUAAGAGACAUGAUUUUCCCUCCCUCCAGCCUUUCUUUCUCUUCCUCUUCGCACCAAACUCCCGUAUUUAUGCACCACCCCCGAUCCCUUUUUCUCACUUCUACUAGAAAAACCUUCCCCCUCCAAUCGUUAAAAAAGGGUCGAAUUUUUUGUUGUAGUAAACAGGCAGCAAGACAAAAAAAAGGAACAAACCAAAGUGCAAUAGUGCAAACAAAUCGAUACACACACUCACACACAAACAAACCACACGUACACACGCAACACACCGGACAGUGAACGAAAAAAAGAAAAACGUCAAUGUCACUAGGGUUAGGCCCGGGCUCCGCAAGCGUACCAGCAACGGUCCUGCCCCGUUUGUAGAUAUUCCUUUCGGUUUUUCGGUAAAAUCUAAUUCAAUUCUUAUCUACUAUGUGCUCCUUCCCACCUGCGACCCGCGUGUACUGUUUACGGGAAGGUGCGGAAUGGCAAACAAAAUAAAAAAAAACAACAUAAAGAAAACCCCGUUUUGCUUGAGUACAUAAAGAAAACCCAAAAAAAAUAAACAAACAAACCAAAACAAACUAAAAUCCUACCUACGUUUUAGCCUUGUAGGCAGAUUAGGCGACAGAUAGGCCAGUGAAACUUAGGGUUAGGGAUGCUCGUAGGCAAAUGCAAAAACACGGGGAAAGGGGUGAAUAGGGAGGGGUAAACGUGAGAAAAUAUGAAAGAGAGAGGGAGAGUGAGAGAGAGAGAGAGGGAGUGGAUAUAGAGCGAAAAAAGAGGAAAUAAACGAAAGAGAUAGCAGCAGCAAAACCCUGGCGCUAGCAUUCCGAUCGGAAAAUGAAGAGAUAACGAAUAGUAUCUCGAUCUUCUCCCUCUUUCUUUCUCUUUCUUUCUCAUUCUCUCCUUCUGUCUCUCUCUCUCUUUCUCUUACUAGCCAGAAAUUAAAAAAAAACUGACAAAAUUCUAAAAAAAACGUCCUAAAGCUUGAUGCGCGGCGUGUUCGCAUAUGUUUUUUGGGUGGAGGUAGUAGAUGCAGAGUAGUUUUGCCAUGUUUAUUAUUCACUAUUUAAAAUCGAAAUCGAACCGAACCACGUUCGGUUAGCCGGUAGCGUGGUUAUGGUAGCAAAACGCACCAUAUAUACUCACACAUACAAUAACACACUCUACCCAACAUCCGGUCCUCCUUUCCCCUACCCUCUCUCCUUCUCCCUCCACCUCGGAAAAUGCAAUGAGAUAUUAUAGUAAACGAGUAAACUUCAAUAGAAUUCUUAAUCAGAUUAAUUUAUUAUUCAUAUAUUUUUUCUAUAAAAUAAUGGAAGCGGUUACCGUAUUGCUCUUUAUAGAUUCUAAUCCAAGCAAAACGCAAAAUGAUGAAGCGGUAGAGAAAUAAUAAUAACAAUUAAAAAAAACUCGAAAUCGGAAUAAGAAGCACAUAGUGACACAAAUUAUAAUGAAGGUUUGCGAAGAAGCAGAAAGCUAGCGAAAAAAAACAGUACAUAUUACAAUGGAGGCGCUGGUUCAAUCGUUCAUGGUUACAAAGAACAAAACACACACACGCACACAAAACACGACAAAAUCUACACGAUACUACCGCCGGAGCGACUUAUCAGAAAAGGAAGGAAGAUAGUGACAAAACACUCUAAAACAAAACGACAUGUACACACACUUACACAAACACAUACACCGGAAAAACAACAAACAAAGCCAUGCAAGAAGUUUAAAGCAAUGAGGUAGUACGCGGAAGAAUUUAUGUGACUACAAACAGACAAAGCAAACGAACAAGGCGUGUGUAAGCUUAUAUCGUAUAGUGAAUCUAAGUAAAAAAACGCAAACUCUGAAAAAAAAACUCAAAAGAAAAUGAAUGAAAAUAUCUAAAAACAAAAUGAGAAAAGGUGCAAGCUAAAACCAAAACCAAACCCAAACAUGAUAACAAAAACGAACAAAACAAAAACACGUACGGAAAAAGAAACGAGAAGGAAAAACACUCAUACACAAACACACACACAUACAUACAAAUACAUGUUAAAGAAAAAUGGCUGCCAUCCCAAUUGUUGCGUCCUUUUUAGUACACUACGAAUUACUCUCACUGGUCACCAUCGAAUAUUCACCAGUAUGGAGGGAGGGGAAUAAAACAAAGAGCGGCAAGAGAGACGAGAUACGGAAAGGGAAAGAUAAUAGCAAAAACCAAACCGACACAACAUCAAACAGCAAAUGUAUAUGAAUACCGAACAAAUAGAAACGUCAAAAUGACAUACUUUUUAAGUAGUUCUGAAACAAAGGCAAGCAACAACAACAAAAACACAUCGAAACCGGGCAAAACCUUAUCUCUCUCCGCUCUGCUAUCCUCCCUUCGUAUGCCCUUCAUUUUGGUAACUCUAAAGCUCUCUAUAUAUCUCUCUCUCUCUGUCUCUCUGUUUCUGUCUCUCUCACGCGCUCACACACACGCCAACAAAAACACUUUUUCUCUUUUUCUUGCUCAUUACUCUCUAGAGCACACUCUCUCUCUCUCUCUUUAUUUACACAUUUCUCGUCUCAAGUAUUACUCGUUCCUCUCUUUUGCACGAGCGCACUACUUGAAGAAACCCCCACGCACACACACAUAUACAUAUUUGAUUUUAUUACUUCUUCUCGUUAUUUAUUUACUCUUUUGUACAAUUCGGUGUUUACCUGAUUUUCUAAGUGGAUUUUUCUUUCCGAGACCGUUGACGAAUUUAAGUUUGUUGUUGGUGUUUGUUGUCCUUCUUCAGUUUCCUCGUUUUCUGGUUAGUGUUUUUAUUUUAUUCUCUCGUCCUUUUUUGUCUUUUUAUCUGUUGCUUUCAUUUCAUUUGUUACAAUCGAGUAUAUAAUAUCACAGUGCUAGUUACAGUACAGCUCCUAUUAUUAUUUCCCUAAUUUCUGUUGAAAAGCUGAUGAUUUUCAUUUAAUUCAUGAGUUUGUUAUACUGAAUUACCUGUUAAAUAAACGCCACAGACAAAUCAUCCUUGUUUGCUCGCACUGGACAUACAGUGUACGUCACAUUGUACCCGCUGACGGAAUGUGACGCACUUUGCCUAAGCAAUCGUUAAACAGCCCGAAGCAUACAUGCAAAGUCUCCGGUCGGUAUGGUAUGAGAUUAUGGUUUCCUGUUUUCUGCAUCAUCACAUCGAAACGCUCAACCAACCUAAUGUCAAUUAAUGCCACAAACAUGAUGCUUUCGAUGCAAACUGUGUGCUGGUUUUUUGGACAGCUUUCGCCACGAGUACCAAAAGUAUCCCCUUCUCCAAAAAUGAAUGAAUAGGCUUUGUUUUUCAACUCCAUAAUGUUUAUGUUAUUGUUUCUUUUUUUUCUUGUAUCUAAACAUCUAUCUUGGAUACAGGCAGUUGACGAAAAUGUUUUAUUUGUUUUCCAUUUAUGCCAAACAAUGCCGAAAAAUGUGCUGUCAAACAAUGGUGUUCGGCUGUCAAACAAUUGUCGAAAAGGACAGCAAAAACAAAGACAAAUAACAAAAUCCGGGUAUUUCUAACAGACCUACGAUUACCAAGCCGAUGCUAUGCUGUGCCCUACACACCAACUAUUGAACCUCACCUUCCAACCCAGGAUUGGAUACAACUACACAAACAUCUAAACAGACCCUAUGCAAUACAAAGGAGUUGUGAAAGGUAUACAGCAAGAAGACGAAUCGAUUGUACGUAAAAGUCUCCCACAACCGUAUGCAAGAUGUAAACAAAUAGAGAGAGAAAGCAAAACAUCCAGCGUGCUAGUGAGAACGAGCAAAAUCAAGAACAACACAAAGCAGAAAAAAAAGGAAAACGAAAACAAAACACACAAACAGCAGAAACCACUCAAACACAGCAUAUAGUAAAACGAAUAACCGAGAGAAGUAGCAGUAAAAAAAUAAAGAUUCAGAGUAAGAAAAUAUGUGCAAGGAAACAAGAACACCAAAAAAAAACAAAACAUAAGAAGAUGAAGUGUGUAAGUUUAUAAAACUAAACAAAAUAAAAACGUCGUUUUAAAUGAAGCGAAAACGGGAACUAUAACAAUACAAACAAAGCAAACGAAAAAAAAACAACUAAAUUUGUGGACAUUUGCCAAACAACAUUAAUACAAAUGCACGAGUGGUAAUAAGGCAAACACAAAAGCAACUUAAAAGCAACAGAAUAAGAGAACCGGGACACUCAAGAACAUCCUGAACGCAAAACACAAAAAACGAAAUAAAGAGAGAAAGAAAAAGAGAGAGAGAGAAGGAGAGCGAGAACGUAAGAGAGGGAAAGAGAGAGAGUUUAAAAGAGAUUAAAAAAGAGUGCGAGUGAGAUAGUGAAAAAUAACCAAAGAAAAAUUGUAAACUUAACGAUAUUCAUUACUCAUUUGAAUAAGAACGAGAGCUCUCCAGUUUUGUCGUUAAACAAAAAAAAACAAAGCGAGUCUUUUGCAAAGCACUGGAACUAAUUAAUGAAGUAAAAUGCAUAAAUAUAUAAAUAUCGGCGGUUUAGCAUAUGCCCGGCAGAAAGGGGAUAAAAGAAUGUUACUAACAUUUUUGAAAUCUUAGCCUGUGAAAUCCAGAAAAUUGUUUUGCAAAAACUAAAUGCUACUAGGCUAGGCUUUUUGUGCAACAAAGCAAUAGAAGGCUGCACAUGUUUUGUGAAGUGGAAGCAAUCCCGGCGGCAAUUGUAACGAGAGCUAAUCCUACAGACGAAUACACACCACAAAAAAAACACACAUACAUACAGCCACAUAAAUAUACACGCGAUAGCUACAAGCAAGCUAAGACAAAAUGCCCAUGCAGCAAAACUCUACCCUGUAUAAGCGAGCGUUAACGAGGUAACUAGCCCCUCCCCCCACCCCCCCCACCCUCCCUCCUACUCUCCCCGACCCCCGCAAGAGAGCGGAAUGGAAGUAUUCGCUUUCUCUUAUGAAAGUGUGCGUGUGUGUCGUGCGGGGAUUGCGAGACUAAACAGUUUGACGGGCGGCGUAAACGGUGUAGAAACGUAAGAUUUACCUUUUUAGAUAGUCCUUUAACAAAGCAAAACAAAAUAUUGAAAUGAUAUGCAAGCUAAGAAUUACAUCCAACCAAAUCCACCAAAACCUUAUCGCAUUCGACCAAAAAAAAAAUCAAAUCUUUUGAAGCACGACAGUUUGGUCUGGAAGAAAGAACAACCAACUAGAGAAAACCGUGGGCAGAAAAGAUAAAAAAAUAACUUAAAGGCUUAUCCUACUUCGCACAUGGGUUUUAUUUGUUUGGGAUUUAAACAUAAAGAUUAAACUCGCGUGCAAUGGUUACGCUCUGGUGGUAUGCGUUUUUUCCUUUCUUUUUCUAUUCAUUUUUUACGCUCGUUAAAGAUGUCCUGAUCCGCACUAGGUAAUAGCGAGCAUCACGUGAAAAGUGUAUAGCAGUGAAAAACAAAAUACAAAGUAACAAGACAACCCCUUCCCUCCCCCUCUCUGUGACGAUACGCGACAGAGGAGUGUAGAAAUUAUGUCCAAAAACCAAAGCAAGAAGAGUAAGUGCAUAGAAUGGUCAAAAAUAUAGUAGUGAAAACAAAUGAGAGAAAAAAAAUCAAACUAAACCAAACUAACAAUUAACAAACAACAACAAAAAAAACAACCUUUUAGCUUGUAAGUUUAUCGCCCCAUCAGCUUCUGUUAGUUAGCCCUACGUGUAGAAUGAGAUGAAAAACGGUGAAGAAUUAAGUAAAACAAGAAAGAGCGACAUGAAGCGAAUGAAAGAGUGAAAAUUCUCUAGCACGUACAGACACACACACACCGACACACUCUACAAUCACACACAUACACACAUGGACACAUCAACAGCACUGACGACUGACUUGUCCGAACCCAUCAUCCGCCAAUGUAGGUGUAAUUACACACAGAAACCCAUUACUGAUACAUUUUUCCUGCUUCCUUAAACGUUUCUUAGAGUGAUUGCAGGCUUGUAGGAACAGCGACUACAAAAAAAAGAAAAAAAACUAUCCAGUAAAACAACUCUUAAGAAAAACGUUAUGAAGUAAUGUUUAUGUAGUGCACACGAUCCUCUAACAAAAACAAACAAAACAAAAUAAGAUAAAAUCAAUGAAAACCACACCACAUGACUACACGUUGAGACACAAGACAAACCAAAUAACGAAACAGAAAUCAACAACAGUUCGAAUGCACACAUCUAAACACACUGUGAGGAUCACUAUGGGAAACUCCGAUAAAGGGAAAAUGAAAGAGAGAGAAAGUGAUUAAGAAAGAAAGAGCGAGAAAGAGAAAAGAAAUAAGAAAAAGAGAGAGAGAGAGAGAGAGAGAGAGAGAGAGAGAGAGCAGAUACGGAACCUAUAGUAGAGAAAACAAGCAAAACAGCCAAGCAACGCAGCUAGCAGCCAAGAGCCAAGCGCCCAUAAUGCUAAAAAUCGAUGAAAACAUAACAAAAAUAAGCAAAUAAAACAAAACAAAAAACGAGACAAAAAAAUUGUAGCAUGUAAGCAAAGCCAGUGGCAAAUGGGCAUAUUUAGUAGGCAGAAGACAGGAAAAACGGAAAAGAAGAAAGGUAGUAAUGAAAGAAACAGAAUAAGCUUGGUACCAAAUGAAACAAUACUAGUGAACGUAACUUGGAGCGAAGCAGAGAAAGGUAAAUCCAAAAACAGUAAAGAAAAGACAAAAAAAAGAAUAAAUAAGAGCAGCGAAGUUGCGUCUAUACAUAUAUACAUAUAUAAUAUAAGCGACGAAAUGAGAUAUCGAAUCAGUAUCGAAACGUGGCGUUUUGGAUGCUAAAUGUGCAGCAUAGCAAAACUUUAAACAAACCGCAAACAAACAACAGCAAAGCAUUAAAAAAAACGAGGUGAAAAGCAAAGAAAAGAGAAAAAACAUUUUUCCCAAAUCUGCAAUUAUUAUCUUUAAAACAAAAAUCGCGUAACGAUACAACCGCCCCCUCCUAAGAAGGAAAACAAAACAAACGCAAAAAAAAAAAAACCUAUGGAGCCAGACGAUUAAAAUACAGCAAAACACACAUAGGAAGGAGUUCGCAAAACAAAACGAAACGAGUGAAAGUAACAGAAAGGCACAGAGAUUCGCUAGCCAAGAUUGAAAAUGUCGAGAAAAAUGGAAAAGGACAGCGAUAGCAAAAAGAAAAAAAAUGAAAAGAAGGAGAGGAAAGAAAGAGAGCGAGAAAGAUAAAGAGACCGGGAGAAAGAGAAAAGAGCGAGAGAUUGUGUGAGAUAAAUGAAGUGAAGCCAGAUUAUGCAGUGCAGAUCGAUGCGAGCAAGAAAGAUAAAAAAGUAACAUAGAAUUAAGCGAAACAAACCAUUUCCCGAAUUUCUUCCUCUUUUGGAUAGUGUAAUGAACGAUUAUGAAACCCAGUUGCAAUGGAAGCAAGCGAUAGGGCAAGGCUGUAGUUAAAUAAAAGCAAAACAAACGUGAAGCAGAACUACAAACACAGAAACGCAGAAGAAAUAAUAAUAAUGAUAAUAGUAAUAGUAAUAAUAAAAAUAAUAAUAAUAAUAAUAAUAAUAAAUAGUACUAAUAAUAACAUUGAAGACCCGAGUAAGGCGAAGAAAUACGAGAAACAGUGAGAGCGAAAGAGAGAAAGAAAGAAAAAAUGGAAGAACAUAGAGAAAGAAAAGGGAAACAUACACACAAGCAGUGAACCAAAAUUCUUAUGAUUAAAACAAAAAAAAGUAAGCUUAACUAAAACCCAUUUUAAAUAAGCAGAUAUCCCUUUAAAGAAAAACACGAAACAAAAGCAAGUAAGAAAGAAUGAGACAGACUCGUAAAAUAAAACUAGAAAUUAGACAACGCUCACACAAAGGUACGACGAUUCACACUCUAACUCACACAUACUUGAACACACACCCACAUACACCCACAAACAUACAUACGUGGAAAUAGAAACUAUUGCUCCCAUUAGCAGAAGCAGAAUCGAAAAAAAAGCACCUGAAUGAGUUACUAUUCGCGCAGGAAAAUGGACGAGAAAAGCUUACGCAUAAAGCAAGAGAGUGAGACAGAAACACAAGAUUCACUAGGAAGGAAAAAUGAAUACUAAACAACCAAAGAAGCCAACCAAAGAGAUGCCACGGAUUGCCACUUCCACUAUCCAACUAACAAAUAAGCAACAGAAAGAAAAAGGGAAUCAAGGCAGCGAAGGAGAGAGUAGGAGAGGUAAAAAGAAAAUGAAAGAUGGUAGAGAGAGAGAGAGAGAGAGAGAGAAACAGAGGAGAGUCUCUCUCUAUCUAAAGAGUCUAGAGAGCGGUUGAAAUUAGGAUCCAGAGUUGCCGUUUGUGUAUAGCCUUACGCUAUAUAAUUUUCAUGAAUUCAAGCAAUGCUUUCGCAUAUACUCACAAUCGUUGAGAUCUAUUUAUUUAUUUUAUUUUUUUUUUGUUUCGUUAGAACGGCCUGGCCGUAUCGACUUAUUUUACCACGUAGCAGGAUAGUCAGUCCUUGCUACGGGGGAUUGGUCCAGAUGGGAUUUUGGUCCGGUCCGUUCGUGUGAAGACCGGCUCCGCUACCAUCAUGUCACCGGGCCGCCCCAAAUUUAAACAUGUGUAAUAUGCUACUAUUUUAUUUCAUAUUACUGUAAAGCUAAGGAAGCAAAUACACUACCCAAGAGUUCAGUUGUUCGACGAUCAAAAUUAUUCUCCCUUUUCUUCACACUAUCUCUCUAUCUCACUCUCUCUCUCUCCCUCUGUCUCUAUUUCCCUUUUACUUUAUCCUGUACUGCAAACAUGCAAAUAAGGAAUCAGUAAGGAAAACAACAUCCAAAUGGAAAAAAGCGUAAUCAGUAUAAAGACGGAAAGGCAACAGCAGUGGAAAGAAAGAGGGAAAGAAUAAGAACUUAUUCGUAGCGAGUAGAGAAGGAGUAAUCGCGAAAGACAAAACCUCACAUUGUGAUAAAAAAAAUCCAGAACCCAACACUACAAACACAAUAUUCGUUCUCAGUUCUUACGAACACACAGAUACACGCCAGGAAAAACAAUAUGUCGGAUAAAAUGCUCCAACUGUAUUUGGUGAUCAGUCGGAUCGCUUUUGCAGUAGGAAGCUUUCUACUUCUUCACGUAUCAACCAUUCUCUUUAUCUUUCUUUCUCUCUAUUUCCUCUUACUUUCUCUCUUCAUCUCUCCCUCCAUCUCUCUAUCUAUCUCGUUCUCUUUUCUCAUCUGAAUUAAUGGCUGUAAAAAUAAUAUAAAUAAAUCAAACAUGGUGAGAUUUACGGAAUCUUGCAUUCGAAACAAAAACAAAAACAAAUUGCGCUGUUCGAAAAAAGGCUGCUUGGGAGUAUAAAAAUUAGAUUAAAUUACAAAAAAAAUCAAGUCAAAACACAAUUACGUUUAUCCAAUGUUUCUAGCCAAGCGCGAUUAGCAGAAGCGUUGUCCAUUUUUCACACGGGUGCCCUGCCGCCCGUAUCCUUACCAAUUCGUCCCCUUCCUUCUUUAUCGAGCCCUUUAAUAGACAUCUUCGGCAGAAUAAUCGCAUUAUAGCUCGUUAGUUUUUCCGUUCCUUUAAUGUUAACUUUACGCAUUCUUAAUUAUACCUACUGAAGCGAUGAAAAACACACGAAGCAACACACUCACACACACAACAAAUCAAGGAAGAAAAUGAAAACAAAUAUAACAAGAAGUAAACAAAAAAAACACAAGAAAAGGCUUUACUUAAUAAAAUUAUACUUCAUAUGUUGAAAAAGUAAGGCACCUGAUGUUUCUUCUGUUGUUUCUGUUCUUCAACAUGCGCUUUCCACUGUGCUUCACAACAGUUUGCAAUAGCUUUCAGCCAAUCUUUCUCUUUCUCUCGUACAGCGCAGCCCUAUUGUACUAUGGAAAGAAAGCAAAAAUUCUCCAUUUUGUUUCUCCAUGUUUCUAACACUAGGGAUCGUCUGAUCCUACCCUGUUGACGUUCCUCUUUUCCAGCCUCUUACCUGGCCAACAUUACAACCAUUGAACCACGCCCCUCUUUAUGCCCUCUUUCCGUCCGAUAAAUCCGGGUUGUGUCCUUCGGUAGCGCCAGUAUCGAUCAUUAGACAUUAGAAAAGCGUGCCGUACAUUAGUGAUUCCGUUUUGUGUUUAAGGUGAGUGAUGAAAGCCGGAAUGAGGGAGUGAGGGAGAACACCGUUCCAAACAUUUUCGUAUCUUUAUUAUAUUUAUUUUUUUGCUAUUUGCGCAUCCAGAUGCGAGAAGAGCUUUGAGCAUUAAGGAAAAUAAAAAAGAAAAUAUAUCUACGUAUAGAUACAUAUAUAUACAUAUAUUUAGCAACGCAGAGCUGUUGUGCAGCAGUGGAUGAAUGACGAUGAGUGUUCAACGCUCUAGUAUCACGCUUAGUGCAAGAUUUUGAAUCGCUUAUUUUGAUAACGUAUACUAAGCGAUAGCGAUAGGUGUCAAAGUCAGAGAACUUUCAACAUGAGAAAUACACGCAGAGAGAGAUUAAAAGAGAGAAAGAGCAAGAGAGAAAGAGAGAGAGAGAGAUAAAAUAGAUGGGAAAGAGAAAGUUGUAGCAAAAAUAAACAAUGAAAGAGUAAGAGAGAAAAAGAGAGCGCGAGAGAGAGAUAGAAAAAGAAGAAGAACAAGAUAGUUAACUUGCUUACUGCUACCAGCGAAGACCAGGUUCUGUUUCUGUCGAUUGGGAAUAAAUAAAAAAAACAGCGUAAAAGUGAUAUUUACGAACAACAACUCGCAAAACAAUAACCUACACAAAAUCAAACAAA